AUGUGGGACUCUGUUGUUCUUUCCUGUCAAACCGGAGCUGCGGGUGUGCCGGUUCCCGUCUCACUCCUGGCUGAGCUGGCUGAGCAUGGGGCACACCAGGCCACCCGCAGGCAGAAAAAUUGGUACCCGCUUUUUUCAAGCCAGCCUGAAGAUGUUGUUACAGAAACAGAAGUGAUCCACGCUUUGCCAGGUACUGACGUCACCCUGGUAUGCAGUUUCCCAAAACCACACACCACCUUCAUCGUACAGACGCAGUGGUCCAAGACUGAUGACACACAGCUUAGCAGAAUAGCUGUCUAUCACCCUGUUUAUGGCACCCAUUACUUCACCUUUCCUGAGGCUUCUUACAACUUUUCGGUGUCCUUCAGCAUGAGGAAGUGCUGCAGCUGGGAUGAGACAGAGGAUUUGUGUUCCCAUGAUCCAAAUGGCAAGUCUGAAUGCAGUUGGUGGGCUCUGCAUCUGAAAAACGUUACUGUCUCCCUUAGUGGACAGUAUGAGUGCAGUUUUGCUACUUACCCUUAUGGGAGAAAGGCUGCAAAAAUCCAACUUAUUGUCAAGGCAGAAGAGGAGCAGCAUUAUAUGAAGGAAGUGUGGUUAAACCAAACUUUAGAAAUUCCAUGCCUUGAGGAAACGGCCUCAGAAAAUUUGUCGAAUUAUCCUUUGAAAUGGCUGGUGGAGGAAGAUGGCAGGAAGGAGGAACUUGUAACCAAGGAGCCCUCCUGUCCUGCAGUGUACAGGAACAGCAGCAUGCUGUAUGGGCAAAGAGUCCACCUGGGUUUGAAUAAUGCUCUGAAGAUUUUCCCCACCAAAAUAACGGAUGAUGGCAGGGUGUUUUCCUGCCACGUGGUAUCCCAUCCGGAGAGAGUCCAGAAGAGCAGCACCACCGUGAGAGUAUUUGCCUACCCCGAGAUCUCUGUUGUCCUGCAGGAGGGCACAGCUGGCACUUCAGUGAAGCCUAACGUGAGCUGCAUCGUGAGGAAGGCAUUUCCCAAGCCAAGCCUCGUGUGGUACAUGGACAGAGAGAGCUUGAAGGAGCAGCCUGGAGGAAUUUCUGUUGAACAAGAAGACUCGCAGGACAGUGAAGGUUUCUAUCAGCUGACAUCAACGCUGGUGUUUCAAGGGACCCACCAGACAUCUAAGAUGUUCUUGUGUGCAUGUCUGUUUUCCUUCCUUGGGAAUGAAACAUGGAAUAUUUCAUCAAAAGAAAUAUUUGUUUCCUUCGACCUCCGAAAUUCAGCACUUCCAUCAGCUGUUAUGUCCACUUCAGAGCACCAGCUGACAUCUUUGGCCUCUCUGGAUUUCAGAAGUCAAGCAAGCUUGCCUCCUGCUUCCAUGACACAAGGAGCACUGAUUUCUACAGCAGAAACAAAAACCUAUGCCAGCACCACAGCAUUUAGUGAGAGUUUGACAACAGCACAUUUGAAUGAUUCCACUACUGAAUCCCCUCAAAGCCUCAGAAAUGCCACACGCUCCUCCAAAAACACAACCCUGGUGUAUC